AUGGAAGAGGUGAUGGUAUACACAGAAGGUUUACAUGGAAGAUGGCAUUUCAACGACAUCAGAGCAGUUUUCUCAAGGAGAUACCUAUUACAGAAUACAGCAGUAGAGAUCUUCUUAGCUAACAGAACUUCCGUGAUGUUUAAUCUACCUAACAAGAGUACAGUCAAGAAGGUUGUCCAUGCUUUACCUAGGGUUGGAGUAGGUCUCAAGUAUGGCAUCCCAGCAUCAAGAAGCAGUAGGCAACAAUUAUAUAACACGAGCUUUUUCGACACUGAUAGUUUCUUUCAGUUCAGACAUGUUUCCUUGGCUACCCCUCGACAGCUCUUCAAAGCAUCCAACAUGACAGCAGCCUGGCAGAGAAGAGAGAUCUCAAACUUUGAAUAUCUCAUGUACCUUAAUACUAUAGCAGGACGUACAUACAACGACCUCAACCAGUAUCCUAUAUUUCCAUGGGUGCUGACGAACUACGAGUCUCCAGAAUUAGACCUGACUCUACCAAGCAAUUACAGAGAUCUUUCAAAGCCAAUGGGGGCGCUGAAUCCAAGUCGUAAAGCUUUCUUCCAGGAGAGGUAUGAGAAUUGGGAAGAUGACAAGAUACCAGCAUUCCACUACGGCACACACUACUCAACUCUAGGCUUCACACUCAUGUGGCUUAUGAGACUGGAGCCUUACACCACAUACUUCCUGAAUCUUCAAGGAGGUAAAUUUGACCAUGCAUCAAGAACAUUCUCGUCUAUCGCCUCGUCAUGGAAGAACUGCCAAAGGGACACAUCGGAUGUCAAAGAAUUGAUUCCAGAGUUCUUCUAUCUACCUGAGAUGUUUAUGAAUAACAAUGGUUACCAGCUAGGCACUCUGGAUGAAGGGACAGUCGUUGAUGAUGUUGUGCUACCACCCUGGGCGAAGUCACCAGAAGACUUCAUCAGGAUAAACAGGCUGGCCCUAGAAUCAGAGUUUGUAUCCUGCCAGCUCCAUCAAUGGAUAGACCUUAUCUUUGGCUACAAGCAGAGAGGACUCGAUGCUGUACGCUCUACCAAUGUCUUCUACUAUCUCACCUAUGAGGGCAGCAUCGAUCUAGAGACCAUUGAUGAUCCUGUUAUGAAAGAGGCUAUAGAGAAUCAGAUUAGAAGCUUUGGUCAAACCCCUGCCCAACUACUCACUGAGCCACACCCUCCUAGAAGUUCAGCUAUGCAUUUGUCCCCAAUGAUGUACACAGACCAGCUACAGCAAGAAGUACUCAUGAUCAUCAAGUUCCUCUCCAACUCACCCGUCAUCCAUGUAGCUGCUAACACCAGUCCUAUGGUACCUACUCCGGCCAUUAUUACAGUAGCUUGUAACCAAACCUACGCAAUGAACAAGUGGAACAACCAAACAGCAGGUGUUCCUGGUACUCCUGGGUACUCAAUGGAUGCUGGCAAGAACCUUCUUAUUGAGCUGGACCCACUCGUCUUAUCACAGACUGGGAUGCACAGGAGACAGAUUGUAGAGGCAAUGGAUUCGAACAUCAAGUCUAAAUCAUCUUGCUACAUUGCCACAGCAGACAACAGAUAUGUCAUGUCAUGUGGUUUCUGGGAUAAGAGCUUCAGGGUCUUCCUCACAGAUACAUGCAAGGUCACCCAGGUGGUAUAUGGUCAUUGGGACAUGGUGACGUGUCUAGGAAGGUCUGAGUGUCCUGUUGGUGGGGAUUGCUACAUUGUAUCAGGUUCAAGGGACGCUACCCUCCUGGUCUGGCAUUGGAGUGCCAAGCAGCAGUGGGUGCUAGGAGAUAAUCAUGUACAUGGUGAGAUGGCUACUCCUCGAGCCAUUUUGACUGGUCAUGACACAGAAAUCAUCUCAGUAGCCGUUUGUACAGAGCUAGGUCUCGUGGUCAGCGGAUCAAAAGGUGGAGCAUGCUUGGUUCACACAGUAUCCGGUGAUCUCCUUCAAUCCCUGGAGCCCCCUGCUCCUUGUAAGGUACCUCGUCUCUGCUCCAUAGCUGCGGAGCAAGGGGUCAUCAUGGUGACCUUUGACAAGGGUAACAUCUGUUCCUUCACCCUCAAUGGUCAUUUCCUCAACCACACCGACGUCGAAGCUAACCUUCAUGCUGUAAGGAUGAAACCAGAAGGAGAUUAUUUCAUCACUGGUGGUGACAACCGUGUAGUCCAGGUUUGGAGGACACAUGAUCAUAAACUCAUGCAUACAUUCCCGCUGUGUGAUGCAUCUAUUCUAGCUUUAGACCUAGCUCAUGAACAGAGAACAAUCAUCGCUGGCAUGGCAACAGGUAGCAUCGUGGCCUUUCAUGUCAAUUUCCAAAAGUGGCAUCAUGAAUACAGGGAGGCGUACUGAUAAGUAACUCUAGUUGUUCUUCCUUCUUCACUCCCAACCUGCUAUGGCUAUUAUCCCACUAUAGAAACAAGUAUCCAUCACUGAAAAGAACCCUGAGUACUGUACCGCGGGAUGCCCAUCCUGCACAAGAGUAUUAACCCGUUGGAGACCCGAGCCCGCGUAUAUGUGGGCUAGGUCUAUGGAAAAUGUGUGGUAUAGCAUAAUCAUGCAGUCUCUAUCGGGUUAAACCAGGAUCACUCUUGGGGACCUCGUCAUCUGUGUGUUGAGUAUAUGGGAAUGACGGCAUGUAGAGGUCAAGUGGAUACUGUUAAAUGGCUGUAUUCAUUGAUGAAAAACUUCCUUAUGGCAAGUUCAAUUCAAUUCAUUUAAUUUCUAUUCUCAACAUUUAGAAAUUUAAGUUCUCUUUGUCAUGUAUAAAUAUCUCUCUUUCAUAAAGAGGAGUCUCUGUUUCAUCUGGCAAACAUGCUCAUGACUCAUCGCAUUGCUAGAUUUCUGUAGCCUAUAACAGGAACGGAUGAAUAACAAGCUUUCAUGAAACAGACGUAAACAGUAGAGUUAAUACAAGGAAAGAUACAUGGUCUAGAGGAUUCAUUGGUGUACUGUGUCCCAUUUUACAUGCACAAACACACUGAAUACUGUCAACAAUGAGGAACUGGAGUCCAGACAUUAUAUGUAUAUUGCAUUAAUGAAUGAAAGAUACGUUGAUGUGAUCACGUACAUCAG